UACUGGAUUUUUUAGGAGGAAGUCUCCGCUGCUUGAGAUUUUUUAGGGCGAAGGCAAUAUUUUCAUCUGGCAACACUGUUCACACUGGUCGCGACGGCGCGUUUUGUUCGGUUCCUCGUAAUUCCUUAAAACUUAAUUAAAAAGAGUUAUUUAUAAUUAGCGAAACGCCAACAGUACUCGCAAUAGUUCGCACUUGAACAAACAAAUGAAAAGUGUUUCCUGCAAGCCGUAAAACCGGGAUAGUGCAACUGGGUAAAAAGUUCCAGGAAUUCCUGAGCCUGUUGCUCUCUACGCAAGUGAGAGUGUGUGCGCGGGUGUCUCGGUGUUCGUAUUGGCGUGCGCUCAGCUGUGCCUGCCGCGCGGCGCUAUAUUGUUUAUAAAGUGUUUAUUUUUUCGCAGUAUGCAAAUACUGAACAAGCCGGUCGGUUGAUUCUUCGUAUUGCCUCGCCGCGUCGUCUUCGCCGCGCGAACGAAAGUGAUUUGUUGUUGUUUACUAAAUAUCGGUCCCGCUAUUCUCCAAUUCUCCAAUUUGGGGUUUGUUGUUAGCGAGUGCGGUCUCCAUCUUUGUGGUUGUUGUUGUAAUGCGGUCGGGUCAUUGCUUCAAAUUGCUUAAUCAACGGCACUUGUGAUACUCUUUCUUCUCAAGAUGAUGAUGGGCACCAAUAGAAGCAUCAAGUCAUCUUCAUCGAUGCGAUCCAGCAGUAAAUCCUUUCAGGCCCAAUUGGAUAGAUUGUCGGAGCUGCUUUACGAUGUGGUAAAAUCUGGUUCGAUGGUCAAAAGGGCCCAAAACAAGAAACGCUUCACGCCCGUGAAUUACAAACAUCGCUGGUUCGAGUUGACCAAGCAAACGCUCUCCUAUUUCGAUGUGGAAAACGUGGAGCGGAGACGCGAACGUGGACGCAUCCAUUUGAAGGGCGUUCGUCUCGUGGAGGAGGCCACUGUCAGCGGGGAAGGCGGCGAUCCCUCGGCACCGGAUGGUUAUCCGUUCCAAGUGGGCUACUGUGAGAUCUCUGCAUCGGCGAAUCCCCAGCAGCUGUUGGAGAAAGGCAGCAUCGGCGGAGGAGGAACUGGAAACGGAGUCGAGGGUCAGCUGAAUUUCCGUUCAGCGGUGCCACAGUACACACUCUAUGUGAUUGCCCCCAGCGAAAAGGAGCGCAGCGAGUGGAUCCGUGCCAUACGACAAGUUUGCGAGGAUAGUAAUACUCCCAAGUCCUAUCGUUAUCAUCCCGGUUUGUGGUCUGGCAAAAAGUGGAGUUGCUGUAAAGGAAUAUCCAGAACCACAUUUGGCUGCAGAGCUGCUGCUCAUUGGCGUGAGGCCAACAAUAAUCCAAGCAACGGCAGUUCUCCAGCCCAGAAUUCAACGCGCAGCAUCAGCCCGAACAGCUCGACGACCAACAGCCAGUUCAGCCUGCAGCACAACAGCUCCGGCAGUCUCGGCGGCGGUGUAGUUGUGGGCAGCGGAGUGGGAGUGGGCGUGGGAGGCGGAGGCGGCCUUGGCCUAGGCGUCGGAGGAGGUGGAGGAGGAGGUGGUGGCGGCAGUUGCACGCCCACAUCGCUGCAGCCUCAGUCCUCGCUGACAACUUUCAAGCAGUCGCCAACUUUAUUGAACGGCAACGGAACUCUAUUGGAUGCCAAUAUGCCGGGCGGAAUACCCACACCAGGAACCCCCAAUUGCAAAGCCAAGGAUAAUUCACACUUUGUGAAAUUGGUGGUGGCCCUGUAUCCCUUCAAGGCCAUCGAAGGCGGCGAUUUAUCGCUGGAAAAGAAUGCCGAGUACGAGGUCAUCGAUGACUCCCAGGAGCACUGGUGGAAGGUCAAAGAUGGCCUAGGCAAUGUCGGCUAUAUACCCAGCAACUAUGUCAAGCCCAAGGCUUUGCUUGGCCUCGAGCGUUAUGAAUGGUAUGUGGGCGACAUGUCGCGACAGAGAGCCGAAUCCCUGCUCAAGCAGGGCGACAAGGAGGGCUGCUUUGUGGUGCGCAAGUCAUCGACCAAGGGUCUCUACACAUUAUCGCUGCAUACCAAAGUUCCACAAUCGCAUGUGAAGCACUAUCACAUCAAGCAGAAUGCCCGCUGCGAGUAUUAUCUGAGCGAGAAGCAUUGCUGUGAAACUAUACCCGAUCUGAUCAACUAUCAUCGCCACAACUCUGGCGGCUUGGCCUGUCGCCUCAAAUCCUCGCCCUGCGAUCGCCCCGUGCCACCAACGGCUGGCUUGUCCCACGACAAAUGGGAGAUCCAUCCCAUGGAACUGAUGCUGAUGGAGGAGCUCGGCUCCGGUCAGUUCGGUGUGGUGCGGCGUGGCAAGUGGCGCGGUUCGAUCGAUACGGCCGUCAAGAUGAUGAAGGAGGGCACCAUGUCCGAGGAUGAUUUCAUCGAGGAGGCCAAGGUGAUGACCAAGCUGCAGCAUCCGAAUCUGGUGCAGCUGUAUGGCGUGUGCUCCAAGCAUCGACCCAUUUACAUUGUCACCGAGUACAUGAAGCACGGCUCCUUGCUGAACUACUUGCGGCGGCACGAGAAGACCCUCAUUGGCAACAUGGGCCUGCUCCUGGACAUGUGCAUACAAGUGAGCAAGGGCAUGACCUAUCUGGAGCGUCACAACUAUAUACAUCGCGAUCUGGCUGCCCGCAACUGUCUGGUGGGCUCCGAGAAUGUGGUUAAGGUGGCGGACUUUGGCCUGGCGCGAUAUGUCCUGGAUGAUCAGUACACCAGCUCGGGUGGCACCAAGUUUCCCAUCAAGUGGGCACCGCCCGAGGUCCUCAACUACACGCGCUUCUCCUCCAAGAGCGAUGUGUGGGCUUAUGGUGUACUCAUGUGGGAGAUCUUCACCUGUGGCAAGAUGCCCUAUGGCCGCCUCAAGAACACCGAGGUGGUGGAGCGUGUGCAGCGCGGUAUUAUUCUAGAGAAACCAAAGUCGUGUGCCAAGGAGAUUUAUGAUGUCAUGAAGUUGUGCUGGUCACAUGGACCCGAGGAGCGUCCCGCUUUCCGUGUGCUUAUGGACCAGCUGGCUCAAGUGGCCCAGACGCUGACCGACUAAGAAGAUUGCACUGAAAGCAUCAUUAAAACAUAUUGUGAAGAAGAUUACAACAGAUAUAUAUAUAUAAAAUAUAAAUAUAUAUAGAUUUAUGCACAAGUUACCCAGACGAUACUUGGGCCAACUUGGAUUAUUUGAUAAAAAGCGAGCGAUUUAAUGAUAUCAUUAUGUUUAUAUGAACGCGUUAAUACUGACAGUCACAUACAUUUAUAUAUAUAUAGCUACUACUAUAUAUAUAAAGGAUAAAGAGAUAAUGCGUUUAAAGUAUAUAUAUAUAGUGUAAACUGUAGUUAAUAGGCCAAUUUUUGAUACAUUUCACAUGAUUACGACAUAUAUAAGAUAUGGUAUGAAUAUGAUAUGAUACGAUAUGAAUAUGACAUGAUAUAUGAUAUUUAAUUGUGCUUUUUAAAAAGAUAGCGAUAGCCACUGUGCUCUAAGUAAAAAUGAUGAAACAAGAAACAAGAAAACUGAUUAAGCAUUAAAAACCUAAAAAGUAAGCCUCAAACUGAUAAGAAGGAUAAAGAUAAAUGAUGGAUAAACGAUGAUGAUGAUGAUAAAUGGAA